GAGUGGUCCUAGCACCUCUGGACGGGGCUCCUCCUGGCCUCCCCACGCCUCCUGCACCUCCCAGGACUGGACUUUGGCUGUUUGAUCACCUGGCCCUGCUGGGCCAGCUCCGAUCAGCAUGGCCGGCCGCAUCCCGCUGCUUUGGGGCCUUGUCAUCGUCCUCCUCCUCCCCUGGGCAGAACUGUCGGUGUUUGUUCCAGCCUCAAGGGCAAACCAGGUUCUGCUCAGGAGGAAGCGUGCUGGCUCCUACAUCCUGGAGGAGCUCUUCGAGGGCAACUUGGAAAAAGAAUGUUAUGAAGAGAUCUGUGUCCACGAAGAGGCCAGAGAAGUGUUUGAGGAUGAUGCCGCCACGGCUGCAUUCUGGAGAGAGUACAGGGGUGGCUCCCCAUGCAUCUCUCAGCCCUGCCUCAACAAUGGCUCAUGCCAUGACACCAUCCGCAGCUUCACCUGCACCUGCUCGCCGGGCUUCGAGGGCAGGACCUGCACGCUGGCUAAGAACAGGUGCCACCCAGAGAGGCCUGACGGGUGCCAACACUUCUGCCACCCUGGUGAGGUGUCCUACACAUGCAGCUGUGCACAGGGCCACAAGCUGGGCAUAGACCGGAGAUCGUGCGCUCCACACGGGCAGUGUGCAUGCGGAGUCCUGACUUCCCAGCACAGCAAGACCCCAGAGAGCAGCGGGCUGUGGCCACCCCAUUUCCCGUGGCAGGUCAAACUGACAGAUCCCCAAGGGAAAGACUUCUGUGGCGGCGUCCUCAUCCAGGAGAGCUUCGUACUGACAACAGCACAGUGCUCACUGUCCCACGGGAACAUCAGUGUCAAAUCCAGUCCUGCUAGGCCGGGCAAGGCCCCGUGGGUGGCCAGGGUCAGGCGUGCACAUGUGCACACACACUACGACGCAGAGUCAGGCCAGAACGACGUCUCCCUGCUGGAGCUGGAGCAGCCUGUGCAGUGUCCUGGCUUGGGGCUCCCAGUAUGCACCCCAGAGCGGGACUUUACCGAGCAAGUCCUGGUCCCAGGGACGGUGGGCGUUCUCAGCGGCUGGGUGGUCAACGGCACCAACCUAGGCGACAUGCUCACGACCCUGCCAGUCACACAGGUGGAUGGGGAAGAGUGUGACCGAGCCCUGAAUGCCACUGUCACCACCCGGAUGUGCUGCGAGAGGGGCAGCAUGGCAGCCGGGCCAUGGGCGGCAGGAAGCGUGGUCACCAGAGAACACAAGGGAGCCUGGUUCCUCACAGGGAUGCUGGGUUCAGCGCCACUGCCACAGCAGCAGGUAGCCACGUUUCUUGUGACCAAGGUCUCAAGAUACACACUCUGGCUGAAGCAGACAAUGAGAUGAGCAAGACUGGGUCAGAAAGGGCAGGCCAUGAACAAGGCUGCACAUGGAACUCUGGGGACCUGAUGCCACGGCACCGCUGGCAGCACGAGGCUGUCCUUUUAAGCCACCAAUGAGUACGUGGACGGCCUCCUCCUAGGAGGUUUCAUCUAAAUCAAGACCUUAAAGAAAAACUGGACAUGCUCAGGAAUAAAACUGUCAAU